ACAACAAUAAUUGUAACAACCUGGUGAUCAGUAACAAUAUUGAAUUUAAUUUGAGCGGUAUAAAUAUUAAUAAAUAUAAAGAAUCGGCGGAAAUAGGAAUAAAUGAUUAUACUGUCAAUAUAAAUAUCUUGAGGAAGGAAUUUCGAUUUAAUGAAAAUAAAAGAAAAAUUUAUAUUCCCUUAGAAGCUUUGGAAAUUCAUAUAGUUCAAGAGAAAAGCUUUAUUCAUGAUGUUCCAAUUCGUGAAAAUGUGAGUGUUGAUAUGGAAAGUUGA